AGUUUCCCUUUCCGGGCAUCGGGGAGGUGGGGCUAAGGUGGGAUCAUGAGGCUGUCGCUGGCUGCCGCCAUCUCCCACGGCCGCGUCUACCGCCGCCUGGGCCUUGGUCCUGAGUCCCGCAUCCACCUGCUGCGGAACUUGCUUACAGGCCUAGUUCGCCACGAACGCAUCGAGGCGACAUGGGCACGCGUGGACGAGAUGAGGGGCUACGCGGAGAAGCUCAUCGAUUAUGGAAAGCUGGGAGACACCAACGAACGAGCCAUGCGUAUGGCUGACUUCUGGCUCACUGAGAAGGACUUGAUCCCGAAGCUAUUUAAAGUGCUAGCGCCUCGGUUCCAAGGUCAGAACGGGAACUACACAAGAAUGCUACAGAUCCCGAAUCGGAAGGAGCAAGAUCGGGCCAAGAUGGCAGUGAUAGAAUAUAAGGGGAACUGCCUCCCUCCCCUGCCUCUGCCUCACAGAGACAGCAACCUUACUCUCCUAAACCAGCUGCUUCUGGGACUGCAGCAGGACCUGCACCAUAACCAGGAAGCAAACCUCCACAGCUCCCAUGCUGCUCAAACACCAAAGACUUAACUGGAGCUGGAGAGUGCAUAGGUGUGGUGCCUUGUUCGGGGGUCUUGGUCUUGUAGUGUGCGAGACCUGGAAGUAGCAUUGUAAAGCACCUUCAUAGUGAGGCUCACACCUCCCUGCUGACUCAAAUGAUCCUCUUUGUACAGUAGAUAAAAUUCUUGAUGUGAUUAUAAGAUAGUGAUUUUCUUUUCCUUCCCUAGGAUUUAUGAGAAGUAAGAGGCAUCCAGAUGCUCAGCUUCCUAAGACAGUCCCCAUUUGCUUUG